AUGAAACCUCGCUUCUUAUUCGGAAGUCUCGACAUCACGUCAGGUUUUCCUCACGAAGCUCGGACUCCCCGCUCGUCGAGGCACGAGUCUUCUAUGCGAUGUAUUUCACAAAUAUACAUUCCAUCUGAUGACUCUAUUACUCCCACAGUCUUCAAAGGUCUUUACAGUUCAUCUAAGCGAGAAAUCAAAGACACAAUUCCACAUAUUCUAGAGGAUGCUGAGAUAUACGGCUCGAAGUCACAACAUGCUAGACGCCGGCCGCAAACCCCGUUGGCAAGAUCUACUCGGAGAGCUCCGCUCCAGCAAAGCUUGAAGGUUCUCCAGCCAGGAGCGACAACGGUUGAUAUCCCUGGAACAGGGAGCGGCAAAGAAAACAUUCCUCCUGGGUUUUCUGUUAUCACCGACAACAAAAGCAAAUCAAAAAUCCAUUCACCAAUGUCCAAAAUGGCCUGUCCAGCUGCGCAAAAUGCUACUCCCAGAACACACAUAAGAACCAAGCCCAAACAAACGCAAAAAGAGCCACCGAAGCCAGUGGCUCUGGGUGAAACCCGAGGCAAUGCCGUCAGAGUCAGAGUCCCUAAAAAGAUAGAACAUCCACCACCUGCUGAGACAGCUUGGGUCCCUCCUUGGAAGCGUACCUACUCGGCCGUCGUCAUUCAACGUACAUGGCGGUCAUUUACAGAGCGACGGAAUAAGCACGCGUGUGCUAUAGUCACGUCCAGGGCAGAGUUCGCAUGUGAGGUGAUUGCUCGAUGGUGGCGCUGUGUCAAAGCCCGCAAGCUGCGAGAGCAGACAAAUCAGGUCAAGCUGAUGGAGAGAACUGAACAAAGGCCUCGACGCAGAUCUGCUGGUCAGAGAUCGCCUGCUCGACAGAAUCAACCCAAUUCUGGCCGCCGAGGCAUUCGGCGCCUCUAA